GCAGUUGUACGGAGCGGCUUUGUACUGGCACCUCGCUACCGUCCCUGGCGAGAAGAUACGCUACGCAGACCCCGACAUGAUGCGCGGCAAGGACGUGCUGGAGGUGGCUUGCGCGCGGGGCGGAGGCGCCAGGUACCUGGCGGAGGUGGCGGGCCCCCGGAGCUACGUGGCCACGGACUACCUCGAGUCGAACUUGGAGAUCUGCAGGAGGACGCACUCCCCGCUCGAGAACCUCGAGUUCCGGCUCGUUGACGCCAGCGAGAUAGGGGACAUUUUCCCGGCCGCGUCGUUCGAUUUCGUGUUGUGCGUGCAGGCGGUCACGCACUUCCAGGACGCGCGCAAGUUUGUCUUCGGAGCGUCGCAGGUGCUGCGCCCAGGCGGGGGCCUGCUCAUGUGCGACACUUUUCAGCGCGACAAGCUGCAGGCCUCCCCCCUCCGGAGAGGAGUUCGGGCUGGUGGCCGACGCGACGGUCGACAUCAGCCGAGCGGUGCACGCCGUGGGCCUCUGCCGCAUGCCGUCGGGUCGCCUCGCCCCCGGGGCGCUGCGGGGGCCGCCGCCGCCGCCGCCCGCCCGCAGGCCUGUCGUACCUCCGCCUCGUGCUGAGGAAGCCGACGGCGCCCUGAGGUGUCCGAGCGCGGCCACGCCCGCCGAGGGGGGGGGGGGCGCCCGGCUUCGAAGGGGACGCGCGCCCGCCGCCCGCCUCGGUGAACGUCGCCUUCUGCGUGCUCAUCACGGUGCAGGGGAGGCGUGUGUGGACACCCCUUCGAGUCGAGGCUCGAAGUUCCGAGGUUCUCGAGGUUCUCAAGGCUUGAAGUUCUCGGGCGCUGUCGCUGCCUUCCCUGCGGCCUGCCAGCCUCGGGCUGCCCUCCAGCGGCUGCCUCUCGUCGAGAGCGCGCCCGGCCUGCAUCGUCCCGACCGGCCGCCGGAGGCCCGAGGUGACGUGCU